CUGCAUUUGGUGCUUCUGGGGAAGCCCCAGUGAAUGUCCGUCGCGCGGGGCGCAAUGGAAAAAGCCGCCAGCAGCUGCGCAAGCAGCGCUCGCUGCCGCCAGCAGCGAGCGCAAGCAGCGCGCGGAUCCGGUGGUGCAGCUCGCGUCCCCGAAGACGGUGGCUUCGAGGUCCUGCGAUGCGACGGAGGAGUUGUUCUGGGGUGACUGACUCCCCAUCUCCGUCGCCAUACUCCUCACUUCCAUACAUCACAUCACUGGGUCAUGGAGGUCUGUGGGUUCGAGUCUGGAAUUCGCCCUAGCGACCAGGUCCCCCAUAGAUCUUCAGACCUCCACCAGGUCCACGACAUCGCAGGUGUGGCGUGUUCAGUUUCCAGUUUGCACCGGAGCCUUUCGAUGAAGGAAAGUGCCGUUCCAGGUAUUCGAAGUUCACGUCGCAGCCCUCCAAGGUCAUGCCGGUCCACUACGUCCUCCAAAGGUUGAUUGAUGCUCACUGCAACCUUGCGCUCGUGGUUGAGUCCCGGCGGUGCCCACUGCGAUCUAGUCUGGCCUUCGAUGGCCCAGCCUUCCGAGGGCUUCGAGCCUCCAUGUUCUCGAAGGCUGAACAGAAACAAGCGCAAACGAGCCUUCGAAUCCUGUGUGCACUCUAUGGAGUCCUCAAGCCUUACGAUGGCAUCAGACCCUACCGAUUGGAGAUGGCGUCCAAGUUGAAAACCUCCCGAGGAAAGACCAUGUACGAGUUCUGGGGCGAUCAGAUCACUGCGGCGCUUGCCAAGGACUUGAAGGCGGGGAAGAUCAAGUACUUGGUGAACUGCGCCUCCCAGGAGUUCUGGAAGUCCAUCCAGCCCAAGAAGCUUCCACCAGGAGUCCGAGUGGUGACCUGCGAGUUCUCCGGGCCUUCCAGUCUGGUGAAGCAGGCACGAGGGAGCAUGUGCCGCUUCAUCGUGACCAAGCGCAUUAAAGAUCCUGCGGGGUUGAAGAAGUUCACAGGAGAUGACAAGAACAGGUGGAGCUUUCAAGUGGGCCGGUCCAGUGAGAGCAAGCUGGUCUUCGCGCCAGGCAAGAAGAGGGCGGCAGAAGAUGCAAAGGCGUCCAGCAAGCGUGCCAAGCGUGCCAAGCGCUCGUGAAAAACCGAUUGGAGCCAUGUCGCUGGGUGUUUCGGUCAUGGGAGACGCGAGGUGGGCGUGGAGCAGCUGUGUGAGCGUGGAGCAGCGAAACCAUGAGCUUCAUGGACAUGAUUUCAGUCUUCGACUUCAGGACGUGCAGGUGUCUUCAACCAUAUAUAUCGGCAACUCUUGUAAUUCAUUUCGAUUCGAUGUAUAUGGCUUCAUCCACAAAGAAUUGAAUGACCUUCUCUCACGGAGAAGGUAGUGUAAUGAUUCCAAAGACCAGCUUCGAGCUGCUACCCGACAGGUCCAAACAGGGGGAACCUCACGCUCACACACACAGCCAUGGCCUACAGCCAUGGCUUCGGUUUCAUAGGGUGUUGGGAGUUGUGGGUAACGCACGCUGUUGCGAGCACAAUAUUGGAGGAGUUUGCUGCUCCGCAAAACAAGU